AUCGUUAGUCAUUCAGAACCUGCACCUGUAGCAUCUUCUUCAAUAGAAAAAAUAAAAAAUAAAUAAAUAAGGAGCUUCCAUUGUGUCUCACGCUUCUUCUUCUUUAGUCCUCUACGGCUCGUAAUCAUAUCUCCGAUGGGCACAUCAUCAGGAUCCAAUCUCCCUCACCAGAUGCUACCUCCACGCCAGCAACUACAAACUGAUCCCCACAUCUUUCACAAGAGAUGCAUAAACACAUCUUGCCAAAACCAACUCCCGGCUGAUGAUUGUCCCUGCGAGAUAUGUGCCAAUAGGAAAGGCUUCUGCAACCUUUGCAUGUGUGUGAUCUGUAGCAAGUUCGACUUUCAAGUCAACACAUGCCGUUGGAUUGGCUGUGAUGUGUGUUCUCAUUGGGCUCAUACGGAUUGUGCUAUUAGGGAGGGAGAGAUCUCCAAGGAAGAAAUGAUGUUCAAGUGCCGUGCGUGCAACCGUACUUCUGAGCUGUUAGGUUGGGUUAAAGAUGUGUUUCAGCACUGUGCACCAAACUGGGAUAUGGAGGGUUUGAUGAAGGAACUCGACUUUGUGAGUAGGAUUUUCCGUGGAGGGGAAGAUACAAGAGGCAAGAAACUGGUCUGCAAGUGUGAGGAACUUAUCAACAAGAUUAAAGGUGGCUUGGCAGAAGCAACAGCUGCCAAAUUGUUACUGAUGUUUUUCCAAGAAAGUGAAGUGGACUCUCCAAAGAGCCUUGAAAACGAGGGAAUGAUCGCACCUCAAGAUGCAUGCAACCGUAUUGCUGAAGUUGCAAAGCAAACACUGAGGAAAAUGGAGAUAGUAGGCGAGGAAAAGACGAGGAUGUACAACAAAGCGCUGUUGGGGCUUGAAGAAUGCGAGAGAGAGAUGGAAGAGAAAGCAAAGGAAGUGUCGGAGCUGAAGCUGGAGAUGGAGAAGAAGAAACAACAGAUAGAAGAGGUGGGGAGGAUCGUGAGGCUGAAAGAAGCAGAGGCAGAGAUGUUUCAGUUGAAAGCAAACCAGGCGAAAGUGGAAGCAGAGAGGUUGGAGAGGAUUGUGAAAGCGAAAAGGGAGAAGACAGAGGAGGAGUACGUGAGUAACUACUUGAAACAGAGGCUGAGGGAAGCGGAGGCAGAGAAAGAGUAUAUGUUUGAAAAGAUGAAAGAGCAAGAAAGUGGUGGUGAGGCGUUAAAAUUUAGCGAAAUGCUUCAUCGAUACAAUGCCCCGUCACGCCAAGAGUAGAUACCUAAUGCUUGUUUGUGUGUGUGUAUUUGUUGUAGAAGAUUCAAACGAGAAAAAGUUGUAUUUUCGUUAGUUAAUUUAAUAUAUGCAUUAUAAUAAAGUACUCAAUCGGUAUCGGUUUCAAUAUUGAUGAUGUUUUAGAAGGUUUGUUUUGUUUCAAUUUACUUGAAGUUUUGA